GCCUGUUAGCGGAAGCGAAGGACAGGGCUCAGGGGCCGGGGGUCGCUCGGCGCACAGGUUUUUAGUCAGGCAGUACGUCGGGCGCCUAACUGGUCUGGCCUCGGGAAGAAAAGUCCUCCGCUCGGUCGCCCCGAAUAGAAGCGCUCUCCACUUUCGUCCUCUUCGGCUCAACAUGGUGGCCUCUCGGGCAAUUGGCAGCCUCAGCCGCUUCCCUGUCCUCAGGAUCCUCCGCUCCCGAGGCUAUAUUUGCCGCAGUUUUACAGGGUCUUCUGCUUUACUGGCUAGAAGUCAUAUUAACUAUGGAGUCAAAGGAGAUGUGGCAGUUGUUCGAAUUAACUCACCCAAUUCAAAGGUAAAUACACUGACUAAAGAGCUACAUUUGGAGUUCGUAGAAGUAAUGAAUGAAAUCUGGGCUAGUGAUCAAAUCAGAAGUGCCGUCCUUAUCUCAUCCAAGCCAGGCUGCUUUGUUGCAGGUGCUGAUAUCAACAUGUUAGCCGCUUGCAAGACCCCUCAAGAAGUAGUACAAAUAUCACAGGAAGCACAGAGAACAUUUGAGAAACUUGAGAAAUCCACAAAGCCUGUUGUGGCUGCCAUCAGUGGAUCCUGCUUGGGAGGAGGACUUGAGCUUGCCAUUUCAUGCCAAUACAGAAUAGCAACAAAAGAUAGAAAAACAGUAUUAGGCACCCCUGAAGUCUUGCUGGGGCUCUUACCAGGAGCAGGAGGCACACAAAGGCUGCCCAAAAUGGUGGGUGUUCCUGCUGCUUUUGACAUGAUACUUACUGGCAGAAACAUUCGUGCAGACAGAGCGAAGAAAAUGGGACUGGUUGACCAACUGGUGGAACCCCUGGGACCAGGAUUAAAACCUGCAGAAGAACGGACAAUUGAAUAUCUAGAAGAAGUUGCAGUUUCUUUUGCCAAAGGACUAGCUGAUAAGACAAUCUCCCCAAAGAGAGACAAGGGAUUGAUGGAAAAGUUGACAGCGUAUGCCCUGACUAUUCCAUUUGUCAGGCAACAGAUUUACAAAAAGGUGGAAGAAAAAGUGCGAAAGCAGACCAAAGGCCUUUAUCCUGCACCUCUGAAAAUAAUCGAUGUGGUAAAAACUGGAAUCGAGCAAGGGACCGAUGCUGGUUAUCUCUCUGAAUCUCAGAAAUUUGGAGAGCUUGCAAUGACCAAAGAAUCAAAGGCCUUGAUGGGACUUUACCAUGGUCAGGUCCUGUGCAAGAAGAAUAAAUUUGGAGUUCCACAGAAGGAAGUUAAAAAUCUAGCUAUUCUUGGUGCAGGACUGAUGGGAGCAGGCAUCGCCCAAGUCUCUGUAGAUAAGGGGCUAAAGACUAUUCUUAAAGAUGCUACACUACCUGGACUUGGCCGAGGACAACAGCAAGUGUUCAAAGGAUUGAAUGAUAAAGUGAAGAAGAAAGCUCUAACAUCAUUUGAAAGGGACGCCAUCUUCAGCAACUUGACCGGGCAGCUAGAUUACCAAGGUUUUGAAAAGGCCGACAUGGUGAUUGAAGCUGUCUUCGAAGACCUUAGUCUUAAACACAGAGUGCUGAAGGAAGUUGAAGCGGUGAUUCCAGAUCACUGUGUCUUUGCCAGUAACACAUCUGCGCUCCCAAUCAGUGAAAUUGCUGCUGUCAGCAAAAGACCUGAAAAGGUGAUUGGCAUGCACUACUUCUCUCCUGUGGACAAGAUGCAGCUACUGGAGAUUAUCACAACCCAGAAAACUUCCAAGGACACAACUGCCUCAGCUGUAGCCAUAGGCCUCAAGCAGGGGAAGGUCAUCAUUGUGGUUAAGGAUGGACCUGGCUUCUACACCACCAGGUGUCUCGCACCCAUGAUGUCUGAAGUCAUCCGAAUCCUCCAGGAAGAAGUUGACCCUAAGAAGCUGGAUUCCCUGACCACAAGCUUUGGCUUUCCUGUGGGUGCUGCCACACUGGUGGAUGAAGUUGGUGUAGAUGUCGCAAAACAUGUGGCAGAAGAUCUAGGCAAAGCCUUUGGGGAGCGCUUUGGAGGUGGAAGCCUGGAGCUCCUGACACAGAUGGUGUCCAAGGGCUUCCUGGGUCGCAAGUCUGGGAAGGGCUUUUACAUCUAUCAGGAGGGUGUGAAGAGUAAGAAUCUGAAUUCUGACAUGGAUAGUAUUUUGGCAAGUCUGAAGAUGCCACCUAAGUCUGAAGUCUCCUCUGACGAAGACAUCCAGUACCGGCUGGUGACAAGAUUUGUGAAUGAGGCUGUCAUGUGCCUGCAGGAAGGGAUCUUGGCCACGCCUGCAGAGGGAGACAUCGGAGCAGUCUUUGGGCUCGGUUUCCCCCCUUGUCUUGGAGGUUGGUCUUGCAGGCUGGGAAGGAGUUCACCUGUCCUAGAGCUCUGUUGCUGUCUCCUUCAACAAAGUCCUGUUUCUCCACUCAGGGCCUUUCCGCUUCGUGGAUCUCUAUGGUGCUCAGAAGGUUGUGGACCGGCUCAAGAAGUACGAGGCUGCCUAUGGAAAUCAGUUCACCCCGUGCCAGCUGCUCAUUGACCACGCUGCCAGCCCCAGCAAGAAGUUCUACCAGUGAGUGGCCUCACGCCUCUCAGUCAGUGCACUAACCCAGCUUCUGGCAAUGCUGGUUCUCCACCAGAGCGGUGUCUAGAUUGCACACAGUAACCAGAGGAAGACAGACUCUGGCACUGGGUUGCUCUUUGAUUAAAGUGCCUUCAGCUGUGACCAUCUCGCCCUUCUGGUGAAGUCUGUGAAUCAGGUUGCACUUCAUGUCGGGAGGCGGAACCCACUGUGCUCAUUUUGUAAGUUCCAAGGCCCAAGUGGCAGCUAAGAGCCAUCUGGAGCCAUCUUUGCUGCCUGUUCCUCACAGAAGGCCAGGGUGGCCAGUGGUGAUGGGUGAGAAUAGUUCUGCACCCAGCCAAACAGUAACAAUAAAAACCAAACUCGGUAUCAGC